AUGACUAAGGAUAGUGAAAUGAAUCCUGAGCCUGAUUUUAGGGAUAUAUUUCCCCACUUCUCAGGAGAAUAUAAUGAUGCUAUAUACUACUAUGGAAAAGAUAAUCUAUCAUGGUUGUCAGAUGCAUGCACAAAAUUUUGCACAGAUGUAACAGGAGGUAGAUGUAAUAAUUUCAUUAUCCAUUGCACAAAUUUUGGACGAUUUUUGUAUUAUAUAAAUUUAAAAAAAUAUGAUAAAUAUACAAAACAAAGAUGUAAAUAUUAUUUUUACAAGUUUAUGUUUGAAUUAGGACAAAAAGGUAUUGAUUGUGGAGGGAUAAAAUCAUGUUACGAAAAAAUGAUUGAGAAAUUAAAAAUUAGCAAUUAUUUAAAGGAUAAUCCUAGUUGUGAGGCAUAUUUUGAAGAAUUUGAUAAAAGAUAUUUGGUUAGAUUUAGUAAACUCGAUAAAAUAUCUGACUAUAUUCAUAAAUUAAGAUUAAAAUAUUAUGAUACUUGCUGGUCAUAUAUUUACAGAGAAUGUGAUGAACUCACAAGAUCCUUAAUGUCAAGUGAAUGUAACGGUAAAAGAAAAUUUUAUGACAUGCUUGCAAAUGUAGUGAAUACCUAUUAUAUAUUAUGUCCUGACAGCAAAAUAACAUUACCUCCCUACAUUGAACACAAAAAAAAUAAAGCGAAAAUGACAAUGUCAACCCAUAGUCAACCAGAUGGGACUAUGGAACAAACAUCACAUGCAUUAGUCACAAUACAGAGUUUUGAAGAGGUUCCAGAUAAUGCAUUCAACUCAGAAGAAUCCGAAAGAAUAUUAUCAAAUGAAAUGCCAGAUUCAGAAAACAGUCCAGGUGUAAUCAGUGGCUUUUUUAUAUCAUUAUUUAUAAUAUUCUCGAUUUUAUUCAUUUUAUCGAAGUAUACAAAUUUUUAUUCAGUUCUACAAUCAAGGAUAAGGAGAAUCAGAAGGAUUUUCGACAGAAAAUAUAGUGAACAUAAGAACUUCAUGUAUUCAUUAAAAAGGGAAAGCAGAAAUACAGUCUAUGAUAGUUUUCAAAUAGCAUAUCGUUCAAACGAUUACCAAUAA